AUGAGCGCUGGUGGCCGCCUGGCCAUGGGUGAAGAGGUUGCAGCUUUGGUCAUUGACAAUGGCUCCGGUAUGUGCAAGGCCGGUUUCGCCGGUGACGAUGCGCCGCGCGCUGUUUUUCCCUCCAUCGUCGGACGACCACGCCAUCAUGGUAUCAUGAUUGGUAUGGGCCAAAAGGACUCGUACGUGGGUGAUGAGGCACAGAGCAAGCGUGGUAUCCUCACCCUCCGAUACCCAAUCGAGCACGGUGUUGAGCACCCCGUCCUGCUCACCGAGGCACCAAUCAACCCCAAGUCCAACCGUGAGAAGAUGACCCAGAUCGUCUUCGAGACCUUCAACGCACCGGCUUUCUACGUCUCCAUCCAGGCCGUGCUCUCUCUGUACGCUUCCGGUCGUACCACCGGUAUCGUGCUCGACUCCGGUGACGGUGUCACCCACGUUGUGCCAAUCUACGAGGGUUUCGCUCUCCCCCACGCCAUCUCGCGUGUCGACAUGGCCGGUCGUGACUUAACCGACUACCUCAUGAAGAUCCUCGCCGAGCGUGGCUACACCUUCUCCACCACCGCCGAGCGCGAAAUCGUUCGCGACAUUAAGGAGAAGCUUUGCUACGUCGCGCUAGACUUCGAGCAGGAGAUUCAGACUGCUAGCCAGAGCUCUUCGCUCGAGAAGUCGUACGAGCUUCCCGACGGUCAGGUCAUCACUAUCGGUAACGAGCGCUUCCGUGCCCCAGAGGCCCUCUUCCAGCCUUCCGUCCUUGGUCUCGAAUCUGGCGGAAUCCACGUUACCACCUUCAACUCUAUCAUGAAGUGUGAUGUCGAUGUCCGUAAGGAUCUUUACGGCAACAUUGUCAUGUCUGGUGGCACCACCAUGUACCCAGGCAUCAGCGACCGCAUGCAGAAGGAGAUCACCGCCCUCGCCCCAUCCAGCAUGAAGGUCCGUAUCAUCGCCCCACCAGAGCGCAAGUAUUCCGUCUGGAUCGGUGGUUCCAUCCUGGCCUCCCUCUCCACCUUCCAGCAGAUGUGGAUCUCCAAGCAGGAGUACGACGAGUCUGGUCCUUCGAUCGUGCACAGGAAGUGCUUCUAA